AUGUCAGACUCACCCGAACAGAUCAUGGAUUCUUCUAUCCCAUCAUCCCAUGUGUUGGCCGAUAAGGGUGUACGCGCCCCGAAGCCUCCCUCGUUAGUUUGGGGUCAAACGACGGAUUCAGAGACAGGUUUCAUAUCACCCGUGAGCUCAUCCGAAGCCUUGCGAUCACCCAGUGAAUCAAGAUACACGAGACAGCCUUCUUCACCGGAGAGCUCGCAUCUGCCGCCCCGGAUACACUCCCCCGCCUCUCAGAUCUUUGAGCGAGACGUACAGGAGGACAUAAUACCGGCUCAGGCUUCCCCUUCCAUACCCGCUCAUAUCCGGACAGAGAACUACAUCCCACCCGUUCUUGAAGCAUCAUCGGCCGCCAUCACCGACGAUCGUCUCGAUCCUGACUCUGUCGAGAUUGUCACUCAUAGUCUCCAUCAGUCUGCGGGGGCCGCAUCCGCCGAGCAAUCCAUGUCAUCCUCUAUCGAUGCGCAUUUGCUAGGUCAAGCGGACACCGACGAUCUAUCGUCAAGUUACGGUGCUUUGGACUCAACAGACCUCCGCCGAUUGAGCUUCAUUUCAUUCGCAGAUGUUGUCAACGCCGAGCACGCGGAAACAAGUGACGCCCAUUUGGGUGGAGUCUCUCGUGAGCGUUUGGGGGACAUAAGUCAUCCCUCGCCCCCUUUGCGCUCCCCUACUUCUUCACAUGCACUCAGUAUCUCGCCCCCUACAAGCAUAGCACCCUCAUCCAAGGGGCCUGAAAUGUCACCUAUCCGGCUUCCUACUAUCAGUUCUGCUCAAAGUCCCAUUUCCUCUGGUUUCGGAGGAGACCUGAAUGUAGAGACCAUGCGACAGGCCUUAAGGAAAACUGGCAGCGGUGACCUGGGUGGUCUGACUAGUCAGACUGUGAGUUCCGUUGGGGAUGACCUGCUUGACCGUACGAUUUAG